CUUUGCUGAUCAGUGUGACUCACUCACGGCAGUGCUGCAGCAUGGGGCAGCUGCUGUCCCCAGUGGCUCUACUGCUCUUGGUGUCAGCUGCCUCCCGGGCUGCAGAAGUCCUGAAACCUGUGGUGCUGCUAGACCCUCCGUGGGACAGGGUGCUCCAGGAGGACCGAGUGACUCUCAAGUGCCAGGGGUUCCCCCCUGCUGCGAACAGUUCCAUACAAUGGCUGCACAAUGGGAGCCUCAUCUCAAGCCACACCCCCACCUACACCAUCAGGUCUGCCCGUGCUGAAGACAGUGGAGAGUACAGGUGCGGCACCAACAUCUCAAACCUCUCUUUCAACAUCUCCUCCAACAUCUCCUCGCUCAGUGACCCAGUGCAGCUGCAAGUCCGCGUUGGCUGGCUGGUGCUCCAGGCUGCACGGUGGGUGAUCCAGGAAGGGGAGCCCAUUCAUCUGAGGUGCCACAGCUGGAGGAACAAGUGCGUGCAGAAGGUCACCUAUCUACACGCAGAUGGCAGAGGUGUCAAGUAUUUUCAUAACAAUACAGACCUCCACAUUCCAGAAGCCAAACACACAUUCAGCGGCUCCUACUUCUGUAGGGGGCUUGUCGGAAAGAAAAAUGUAUCUUCAGAGACCGUGAUCAUCACUGUUCAAGGUGCAGCCAAUGCAAGCAUCUCGCCCUCCGUUCUGUCCUGGCACCUGAUCGCCUUCGGCCUGGUGAUGGGGCUCCUGCUGGCCGUGGACACAGCAUUGUACUUCUCUGUGAAGAGAGACCUUCGAAGCUCCCUCAACACCCGGAAGGACUACACAUUCGGGUGGAGCAAGGACAUUCUGGACAAAUGACAUCUUGGUGCGGGGGAACUACAAGGACAGUGGCAGCAGAUCUCCAAAUUUCCCCGUGAAUCUGCAACAUCCUCAUCCCCAAGGGGCAUCCCCGCCAGCAACCAGAACCUACAUGCAGGGUCCUCCCCACUCCCUGGUCCCUCGUCAUUUCUAGUAGAAGGGAAGGAUGCCAGAGACGCCUGGGGGGAUCCGAAUCUUCGAGAGAACAGCCCCUUGGGCAGUCCUGCCAUGCCCUUGCAGCAGAGCCAACACAGGCCCACUGGCAACUCUUGCAUACACAUACAUUGUUCUCGAACACACGGGGCAGUAGAGGAGGGAGGAAUGGGGGAGGCCAAGCCCACAACCCAGCUGGCUGCAACAGCUGCUGCUGCUGUGGGGCAGGCUGCUCCCAGAGACCCCAGUCUCCUGGCAGACAGAGCACGGGAGCAGCCAAGGACCUCGGAGGCUCCAUGAGAAGGGGAGGCUGAGGAGGAGCAGGCAUGUUCCGGGCAGAACGGGGAGAGCUUGCGCAUGCACCUAGCUCAUGGUCUGGUGGGGGAGCAGAUGACCCAGGCAGGGAACCCAGGGCUGAGGUGGCCAGGGGAGUCUCUGUCUCCUCUGUUGGGAGAUGGGCUGGGAGGACAUAGCCAGGAAUCAGCAUCUCCACCCUGUGAGUCGAAGAUGGGCCUGGGUUGGAGACAGGGCCCUGGGGAUCCAGAAAACAAUGUGCAGCUCCUGGGUGGCUGUGAGCCUAGUGGACCUUGAACCAAGAAAGCACAGCAGGGAGGGCCCCCAGGAGUGCCAGGCCAGGGAGAGGCAGGGGCUGAAGAUGCUUUUGUUGGUUUUUGGGGCAGGAGACAGUAAGAAUUAGAGAGGAUGGGAGGCGAUGAUGAAGCCAGCUUCCUGUUCCUGUGUCUGGUGCAGGGGUAGCUUUGUUCAUGUCAUUGAGGGAAUAAAAUCAGACAACCAACAGCAAAGAUGCCGUGCUCCCCCGAGACAGGUGUUGAAAUCCAAACCCUGAGCAUGCCAGCUCCAGAGUGGUGGGAAGGAGAAGGCAGUGGUUGCUCUUGGCAGGAAGCUUCAGCUCGCCUUCAUUGUUUUUCAAGUUGUCAGAGCAUUUCUUGAUUCCAAUAAAACUUUGCAAGUUCUUGCAUGCUAUUUCACACAAA